AUGAAUGCACCGCCUCUACCCGAUUCACUGCCAUUUGGGGAAGCUUCUAAGGCAAUUGACUGGAAAGAUGCUCCGCUUCCUCCACUAGUGACGUUUCCGCCACCAUUCCCCUUUCCGCCCCGUACCAGAGUCGUCCGACAAGGUGCCUGGCUGGUCAAUUAUAUCCCCUCCAACACUACCAACGUCGCCUAUGAUGGUACUAUCCGGGUUGAGACUCAUGGUACUGGUGCAACAAGAACAGCGAGCGGGGACCUAUAUCAACGUCCUGUCAUUAUGAUUCCGACCUUGCCUGUUCCAUUUCCACCUGGUGCCCCGCGAACUAUUAUGCUAAAUGCACCGAAUCCGUCCAAAGGCAUCCCAAUUCAAUCUCGACGCCGGUAUCGGUACUACCUACGCGUGACCGAGAUCCUUGAGUCUUUCACCCUGAGCAACUCGUUCGCACUGGGUCUUCAGAUGUGGAAAUACACCGCCGCUGCUGACAAUACUGCUACCUGGUCCAAUGAUGGCGACUUCGCCGCCACUAUGAAAUGGAUGACACCUCCCGCAAACUCUGGAUAUCCUUCAGCCAGUGACUACCUCGAAGGAGAUCUCCUAAAAGCUGGAGCCGUAGUUGGACGACUCAAAAUGGGCUGGGUCUCGGAAUCCUAUCGCAAGGCUACACUGGAGAUCGACACGGUUAAUGGUGCUGAUCGACCUCUUGACAGUGGGGCUGGACAGAAUUGGGAGACUGUGUAUAAAGCCUUGGGCUACGAUGUGACGUUGGACUUGAGCGACACCAAUGUCACCGAACCAAGUGGAGAUGGCUGGACAGACGCUGAGGCACAUGCAGCGAUGAUGGCACAUCGAGACGAGAACAACCUCGAUGUAGAAUGGCGUUAUCAUAUGCUAGCCGUCAAGAAGCUCGAUUCGACCUCUCGUGGCAUACUGUAUGACUGGGACGCAACAGACUCCAACAAGGUGCCACGCGAAGGCGUCGCCAUUGCCGCCAACUACGUUUUCGAAUCUGCUCCGGAUCCAGCAAACGGUAUACCAGAUUGGGGGCCUGUGAAAGGAAAAAAAUUCAGCACUGUUAAGGCUGCCUACUUUCGGGCUGCUGUACAUGAAAUGGGCCAUGCUUUUGGCAUCUCGCGGCACAAUACGGUCAACACAGGGUUCAUGAACACAACUGACGCCAUUGCCAGAGCUGCAUCGUCAACACCUGCCACCCCGUUCCCUAAAAAUAUCCUCUGGGACUACGCGGAUGACGAUCGGAAGAAACUCCGCCAUUGGUCAGAUAUGUUCGUUCGGCCUGGUGGGAUUGUGUUUGGUGGUGCCAGCAACACAACUCCUCCCAUCACCACGGACGAUGAGAUCGAAGUUCCUGAAUUGAAGCUCGAGGUCACAGCUUUGCUGAGCGAAGUUCCCCUUGGUGCGCCUGUCCGGAUCGACGUUAAGCUCACAAACACCAGCGAAGCUCCUAUGUUGGCACCCAGGGAUGUUGGCUUGCGAUCUGCCUGCAUGACCGGUUUCGUCCAGGAUGCCUCCGGAAAAGUCCGGACUUUCCGUCCGCUCGUGCAUUGCGUGGACUCGAUCGACACAGCGGUAUUGGAAGCAGGUGAGAGUAUCGCAGGAUCCAUGACACUACUGCGCGGUGCAGAGGGUGCUCUCUUUCCCUCCAGCGGUGUCUCCCAGAUCAUCCUCAAAGCUGGCUGGGACGUUGGCGACUGCUCCGUCCAAGCAACUGUGACUGGCAAGACGACAGUCUUCAUCACUGAUGCCCACGACAUGAAACAUGCCGCAGCUGCUCACAAGAUCCUAACCACGCCCGAUGCCCACCUCGUGCUUGUGCUGGGAGGAGACCACCUCGAAGAUGGCAUCAAGGCGAUUCAGCAAGCAGUCGAGGACAAAACAUUGGGACCACAUUAUGCGGUAGUAGAAGCGAAGAGGUUGGCCCAGUCGUUCGAGGAGAGGUGUGCUAAUUGCGAAGAGGCGAAGAAGCUGGUGGAGCAGAAAGGCGUGGUGGCGAGCAGGAAGGAGAAGGCCAAGCUGGUCAGGCUGUUCCAGAAGCAUGAGCAUGCACAGGGAAAGAGGCAGAAUGGGAUACGGGAAGCUCUCAAGCAGGAGGAGAAGAACAAGAAGAAAUAA